CCACCUCGCAAGCCCCAGGAUCCACCGGCCCGCCGUCUCCUGCCAGUACCUCGGUCUCGAGUGGCGCACCAUCUGGGUCCAUGUCGGCGGCGUCAACACAAGCAACCGCCUCGGUGUCCGUUUUGCCCCCGUCGUCUGUCACCGGCUCGGUCAUGUCUGAAGCAUCGCAGAGCGUCACAUCCAAUCCAGCCGACACAAGCCUACCCUCCGGGCUGCUCCCGCCCACACCGGCUCCGAGCGGAGGCAGCACCACCGGCAGUACUGCUACUGGCUCCUCUGCGAGCACAACCGCGGUUGUCAUGUACGCCACCAUUGGCAUUCUUAUCAUCCUUCUCGGCAGCCUCAUUAUCUAUCGGUCGAGGAGAAAGCUGAACCCGUCCCGCAAGCCGAGAUCCAGUCCCGACCAGGAGCCUGUUUCGCCACUGAUCAGUCAUGCCGCCGCCAUUGCCAUGGUCCCCCUUGGCCGCCAGUCCUCCGAUGAUGGAAUCGGCCUCGUGUCUUUCCGCCAACAGACGCUACCACCGGAUUCGUCCUCCCAAGCGCAUGCUCAAGUCCAAGCCCAGGAUCCAAGCUCUGUGUCUCGAGCGUCUGCGAUAGCUGUAGAACCAACAAUAGUGUCUGUACCAUCGACUUUGACGGAGGAGCGCUUGACAUCCGCAACUGCCCAGUCCGACAUUAUAACGGAGCCGAGCCCAGCCACAGAAUCCGACGAAAAGUUCAUCUUGUUUGUCGCGAUGAGUGCUUACCACCCAACCGCUGACGACGAGCUCGAGAUCAACACCGGAGACAUCAUUGGAAUCCGAAACGGCGACACCACCAAGUCCCGCAUGAAAGGCGUCAACACCACCACCACAAAAACCGGAUUCUUCCCUGGCCGCCUCCUGACCAGCUCGCUGAGCGCAACUGGGACUGAAUCUGCCGGGUCGGUGGUGUCUUCUAGGGCUUACCAACAAUCCGUCGAACCCAAUCAGCCCGAUUCGCAGGAUUCUGCCCAUGCGUCCCGCUACAUCGUCUCGGUGCCGUUUCAGUCCCAAAGACCCGACGAAAUAACCCUCCGCAGCCACGAUACCGUGCAAGUCCGCCAUUGGUUUGAAGAUGGUUGGGUUUAUGGCACGAACGAAGCCACUGCUCAAUCCGGGAUCUUUCCAUCAACGUAUCUACAACCUCUGGACCCUGUCGAUGCGCCCCCGGAAUACUCUGAGAGCGGCCAGCGGUCGCCACCAGGGAACAAACUCUAGACAGACCCGUUGCCUGCGUGUCGACCUAUUUGGGUGUGGCAGCUGCAACGGACACUCGCCGCACGGGCAUCAUACGACUCUGGAUUCCGUGUGAUUCCAGAUCAUGCACGAAUCUAUGACACUGUCGCUGAUUCUGAUACAUUGUAAUUCCAUUGCCGCCGUGUUUAACAUGGGACGAGGCGGGGCUGCUUUGUCCGUCCCGAAUACAUGAAUGCAUGAAUGCAUGCACACUCUUGUGAUUCUCACUGGCAAUUUAUCACAAUCAAUUUUUUCCGGCUGCUCGCGGUUGCUCAUCUCGAAUAUGAAUACACGCUGUAGACCAAGAUGCAGCAAAAGUUGGAAUCCGGCCAUGGUCGGUUGACGGCAUUUGGUAUC